CCCGCGCCCGCGGGCGGGCGAGGCUGGCGGCUGCAGCAUGCGCGAGCAGGCCUGGAGCACACACUCCUGAGAGGCAGCAGAGCUCGGGGACUCCAGGUCCCUGAGAUCCCAGUCCGCACAGAAGGCUCAUGGAGCCUGGGGCACGCGGGGCCCUCCUCUCAAGGGCUAGCAGGUUCCCUCUGGACCUGUAGGGCACCACCCCAGUCUAGCCACCAUGGCGCAUGGCUUCCCAGUGGGCUUCGACCCAGUGGGCCUCAGAGACCUAAGCUCUGGCUCUCUGAGCUCCCUGUCCUCCCGAGGCCACCUGGGCAGCGAGUCAGGCUCUGCAACCCGAUACCUGCUGAGAAAGCAACGGCGGCUGCUGAAUGGGCCCCUCCGCGGAAUCCGAGCCUCAUCGCCCAUGGGCCGUGUCAUCCUCAUCAACUCCCCCAUCGAAGCCAACAGUGAUGAAAGUGACAUCAUCCAUGCAGUUCGAGUGGAGAAGAGUCCAGCUGGGAGGCUGGGGUUCAGUGUGCGGGGCGGCUCUGAGCACGGCCUGGGCAUCUUCGUCAGCAAAGUGGAGAAGGGGAGCAGUGCAGAGCGGGCUGGUCUGUGCGUGGGUGACAAGAUCACUGAGGUGAAUGGGCUGAGCCUGGAGAGCACCACGAUGGGCAGUGCUGUGAAGGUGCUGACGGGCAGCAGCUGCCUGCACAUGAUGGUGAGGCGCAUGGGCCGCGUACCAGGCAUCAAGUUCUCCAAGGAGAAGACCACAUGGGUGGAUGUGGUCAAUCGGCGGCUGGUGGUGGAAAAGUGCAGCUCAACGCCCUCUGACAGUGGCUCAGAGGACGGCGCACGGCGCAUCGUCCAUCUCUACACAACCUCUGACGACUUCUGCCUGGGCUUCAACAUCCGCGGGGGCAAGGAGUUUGGCCUGGGCAUCUAUGUGUCCAAAGUGGACCAUGGUGGACUGGCCGAGGAGAACGGCAUCAAGGUGGGGGACCAGGUCCUGGCGGCCAAUGGUGUCAGGUUCGACGGCAUCAGCCACAGCCAAGCCGUGGAGGUGCUGAAGGGCCAAACACACAUCAUGUUGACCAUCAAGGAGACCGGCCGGUACCCUGCCUACAAGGAGAUGGUUUCUGAAUACUGUUGGCUGGACCGAUUGAGCACCGGGGUGCUGCAGCAGCUGUCGCCCGCCUCGGAGAGCAGCUCCAGCGCCUCCUCGUUCGCCUCCAGUGCCCCCUGCAGUUCGGCCGAUGGCUGGAGCUCCCUGCCCUCGGACUGCAUGGAUGUCUGCCUGGGGCCUGAGGAGCCGGGAAGCUGGGGCCCAGGCCGGGGGCGGGCAGACACGGCCAUGCAGACGGAGCCAGACGCGGGGGGCCACGUGGAGACCUGGUGUAGCGUGCGGCCCACAGUCAUCCUCAGGGACACGGCCAUCCGCUCCGACGGCCCCCUGCCUGCCCACCGCCUUGACUCUGCGCUCUCUGAGUCCCCCAAAACUGCUCUGCUCCUGGCCCUCAGCCGACCCCGGCCCCCCAUCACCCGCUCCCAGAGCCACCUGACCUUGUGGGAGGAGAAGAAACAGCGGAGGAAGGAGAAGUCGGGGUCCCCUGGGGAGAAGGGGGCCCUGCAGCGCUCCAAGACCCUGAUGAACCUCUUCUUCAAGGGAGGGCGGCAGGGGCGGCUGGCAGGGGACGGGCGCAGAGAGGCAUGGACGCUGGACAGUGGGAGCACGGCCAAGCCCCGCCCCCACCCGGACCUGGAGAAAGCAGGGGGAGUGGGCUCCGUGCAGAAGUUUGUCACCUGGAGGCUGAGACGUGACCGGGAGAGGGGCCGGGCUCUGCUCUCUGCCAGGUCCAGGAGCCCCUCCAGCCAGCUGCCCGACGUGGAUGAGCGGGUGCAGGCCUGGGAGAGCCGAAGGCCCCUGAUUCAGGACCUGGCCCGGCGGCUGCUGACUGACGACGAGGUGCUGGCUGUCACCCGCCACUGUUCCCGGUACGUGCAUGAGGGCGGCGUGGAGGACCUGGUGAGGCCGCUGCUGGCCAUUCUGGACAGGCCUGCGAAGCUGCUGCUGCUGAGGGACAUCAGGGGUGUGGUGGCCCCCACAGAUCUGGGUCGCUUCGACAGCAUGGUGAUGCCUGUGGAGCUGGAGGCUUUUGAGGCCCUCAAGAGCCAGGCAGUUUGGCCUCCUGCCUUGCGACCAGCCCGGCAGGACACACCGCCCAAGCGUCACCUCAUCACUCCUGUGCCUGACAGUCGUGGAGGCUUCUACCUACUUCCUGUGAACGGCUUCUCAGAGGAGGAAGAUGAUGGGGAGCUGAGGGGGCGUCUGGGGGGCCUCCAGGUCUCCCUGGGUGCCUCUGCCUCCCGCCACCCUCAUAAAGGGAUCCCCCCUCUCCAGGAUGUGCCAGUAGAUGCCUUCAUCUCACGCAGAAGCGCCUGCACACCCCCUCCCCAGCCACCGCCCGUGGCUCCCCGGCCCCCGAGGCCUAACUGGCUGCUGACAGAACCCUUGACCCUAGAGGAUCCUCGGCAGAGCCGGAGCCAGGGCCCAGGCCAGAGCCGCAGCCACAGCCGGGGCAGAGGCAAGUCCCCCGGACGCAGGCGUUCCCCAUCCCCGGCACCUAUCGCCACUCCCAGCACAGCCAGUGGGCGCUACCACAAGCCUCGGAAGGCCAGGCCUCCUCUGCCACGACCUAUGGAUGGGCAGGUGGCCAAGGCAGGAGGCAGUCGAGGGCCCUCUGAGAACGGAACUGGUGGGACAGCCGAGGAGGCAGCCACGAAGGUCCCCAGUGGGGAGCUGAGGACCGUCACGCUAUCCAAGAUGAAGCAGUCCUUGGGCAUCAGCAUUUCUGGGGGCAUUGAGUCCAAGGUGCAGCCCAUGGUGAAGAUAGAAAAGAUCUUCCCUGGGGGCGCCGCCUUCCUCAGUGGGGCCCUUCAGGCUGGCUUUGAGCUUGUGGCCGUGGAUGGAGAGAGCCUGGAGCAGGUGACCCACCAGCGGGCAGUAGACACCAUCCGCCGGGCUUAUCGAAACAAGGCUCGGGAGCCCAUGGAGCUUGUGGUCAGGGUCCCCAGGCCCGACCCACUGCCCUUACCCUCCGACUCAUCAGCCCUCAUUGAACAGCAGCUUCCUGGUGACCAUUCCCCUGCCCGCUGACCCCUUGAUGGUACUCCAGCUACCUCCCACUGGCUCCCAGAACCUCCCAUUAAUGCCCUUUCCACCCAUACCCAGACCCCUCCCGCUGAUGCCAGGCUUCUCCAGCUGACCCCCAGCCCAGUACCCUCUCCAGUCUUCCAGCCUCCUGAUACUAAUCCCAGACUCUCCCCGGCUAUCCCGUAACUCUUCCCACUGACCCCAGAGAAUCCUCCUGCCAUCCCCUGGACCUCACCUACUAACCUCUUCAGGCCUCAAGAACCUCCCACUCCUGCUUGCCUUGCCUACUCCCAAAGCUCCACACUGGUGGCUCAGGUCCUCUCCCCCCACAUUCUCCCUCCCGUUGUCACUAAGGCUCUGCCCAUUCCAGAUAAACUUGGUGUCAAGGACAAGGUGCUACUGGGCAGCUCUGUCACCAGCUCACUACCCCCAACCGCCCAAGACAGGAAGGGGGUUGGGAAACCCCAGGUCUGGAGCUUAGGAUUGGUGUGCACUUUCUCAUGAUUCCCCCAGUGAGGGACAGGCACUCUCAGAUAGGGCCCUCAAGGGGGUCACUGCAUCCAGCCCCCAGCCCCAAGCAGUGUUCUGUGCAAGGGGCAGGAUGGGAGUCUUUUCUAGUUUCUCAAACCCCAAGAGC